CCAUCUAUCGGCACAAAUUCGACGAAAGAAACAAUUUGUUAUUUCCGAAGAAAAUUAAUUAAAUCGUUUAAUUUAGAAACUUUUCUUCUGCAUUCUAUUUAUUCUAUGAAAUGUACAAAUAAAAAUUUUUGUAAACUUUACUCUUAAUCAAUUUAGGUGUGACAUGGUCAAUAACCUGAAACCUGAGUGCUCGUUUGCGUUAUGGUAUCCUCUGUUUUGCAAAGAUUCUCUGAAAGCUACGAUUAUUCACAUUCCUGAUGAGGUACUCAAAUACUUGAAAUAUGACGCUUUCGUUUUACCCGUCGAAGCAAUAAAUUCCACGUUACAAAACGCAGAAUGGAUGGAUGGGUCUCCAAUAGCGAGUGACGAGCAUUUGUGCGAGACUCAACCAACGUUCCCACAAUUCAGCCAACAAAUUCAGAAUGUCAUAGACGAGUAUGGUGCAGUCUUUAUAAAAUGUAAUUGGAGUUCACCUCUGGAUGCGACCUGGGUUGCACCGACCAAAACAUUGAAAUGCAAAACUCUAGAAGAAGUGUACUUGUUGUUGAAAAGUUCAGAUAGGAUCGCCAAAGAUCUGAAUACUGCGGAGAAUUAUGUAGAUCAUGAAACUCCUGUGAAAUCUUGUCUUAUCUUAAAACAAUGGAGGGAUAUCAAUCCUUGCACAGAAUUCCGAUGCUUUGUAAUAGAGAAUGAACUUAUAGCGAUUAGCCAACGAGAUAUAUCGCAAUAUCAUAGUUACAACGAAUCAGAAAAAUACAAUAUUCAAACAGAUAUCAAAAGUUUAUUUACGGAACGUAUUAAAGAGAGGUUCCCUUUGAAUAACUAUUCGUUUGAUGUUAUACGGUACAAGAAAGAGAAAGUAAAGAUAGUUGACUUUGGCCCUUUGGACGAAUCUGUUACCAAAGGCACCCUCUUUACUUACGAGGAAUUGCAGAACCUGGAGGAAAAUAUUCCAGAAUUUAGGUUCAUCGGCGAGGAAAUUGGUAUUCAACCAAAAGCUACAAAUCACUUUUGCAUUCCACAGGAAAUAAAUGAAUUUUUUCAAUCCAAUGAAAAUUCUACGUUAUUGGACAUCAUUCAACGAGAGGUGGAAAGUCAACGGAAAAAAUAUGAAAACGCAAAUUCUAACAGCGUGGAAUACGAUUGAUAUGCGUCUAAAAAGAAAAAAAAAGAGAUUAUUAACAAAUAAAUAAUUGUGGAAUCAGAAAAUCAUUUUUAAAUACA